AGCCUCUCACUGACCACUUCACUGAUCUUCAGUUCAGAGAAAGAGGAAACAUGGCUAACACCAUGCUGCAGACCGCGGGGUUUGUUUUAGGACUCAUCGGAGUGGCCGCAGUCAUCGCCGCCACCGUGAUGAACAACUGGAGCACUAAAGACCGCCAGGGCGACGUGGUGACCUCUGUCUACACCUACAAGGGACUGUGGCAGGACUGUGAAGUGUCCACCUCUGGAUUCACAGAGUGCCGGCCGAUGUAUGGAAUUCUGGGAUACUCAGGUCAGUUCCAAGCUGUGAGAGCAAUGAUGGUGAUCAGUGUUGUGCUGGGUGUAAUCGGCACUGGUAUCUCCGUGUUCUCUCUGAAAUGCUUUAAAGUGGGCAGCACUGAAACCUCCACCAAGGCCAAAAUGACCCUAACGGCGGGCAUCAUGUUUCUCAUCACAGGCCUCUGCGCCAUUAUUGCGGCAUCUAUUUAUGCCAACCAGAUAGUGGCCAGCUUCACUUCGACCAUUUACACCAACACCUACAACGCUUAUAACGAGGGGAUGGGCGAGAUGGCGAUGGGGGGCAUGGGAAUGGCCACCACGUACACAUUCGGACCCGCCAUCUUCGUGGCCUGGGUAGGAGGAGGCCUGCUUCUGAUUGGAGGAGUUUUAAAGUCUGUGGCCUUCAAAGGGAUGCAUGCUGAUAGUACACCCACCUACAACACAAUCGCUUACAAAGUCCCGGCCCAGUCGGCUGACGGGGGCAGCGAGAGAGGAAAGAGGGAGCAGAAAUACGUAUGAAGAACUGCGUGUCCCUCUCCUCUGUGGAGUCACCGCUCUGUAACGCUGGGCUGUGUGUUUGCUUUGUGAAAUACGCCAGAGAAUCAACUGCAUUUACCACUGAUGUUUUUAACGCAGCUCCUCAUCACUGUCUCUGCUGUCAAACAUGCAUAGUGCUGCCCCUCCCCCACCCAGUUAUUAACCAAUUAAUCAAUUUCUCAUUUACAUUUUUGUAACAAUAAACAGAAUAUAAAUGAAUAUAUUGAUACAUUUUGGUCUCCCUCUUGUUUCAACGGCAGCAUGACUCCAGCAAACCUUUUUCAAAUAAGCCUGGAUCUUUUGAGCUCACUUUGUGGGACACUCCCAUGAGUGGCCAGCAGAGGUCAGCGUGAUCUGAUCGUUACAAACGCUCCUGAAGCUCUGUAGCUCUGUAGGUGUCACGUGAUCUGUAUUGAGUGUAACUGCCUUCAAAUCUUCAAAUUCAAUAAGGGCCAUACUUGAAGAUGCUGGUGGACUUGAAAAUGCUGGUAUUGCAGGCCUGAAAAAUGCACUACAUGGUACAAUACAAUUAUUCAUCAAUACAUUUUUUCUUAUUUAGCCUUUAGUUUAACCAAGCCAUUAAAAAUAGUCUUACUUACAAUGUUGGCCUGGCAAGUUCUGCAAGAAAGUGGGAAAAAAGUGAAAGACAUGGGGGAAAAAAGUAAAAAAAAAAAAACCAUACAAAUAUUAACAAAAAUAUUCUUGAUGCAGUCCUUAAAA